AUGGCGCAGAACGUAUACACCUACCCCCAGCCUGGCAUGGCGGCCCAGUAUGAUCCUAGAACUCAGCCCUACCCGUACCAGGCUUACCCCAGGCAGCAGCAGCCUCAGCAGCAGGUCUACAACCAAGCGAACGCUGCUACUGCAUACCCCUAUGCUCCGUCAACGUACCAGGCGCAUGUUCACGCUGGGAUGGCGGCACCUGCUACACGAUCGCCUCUGCCUGCGCCACCACAGCCCAUCGCCUACGGCCAUCCUCCACAACCUCAGUACACCGCGCGACCUGCUUAUUCUCCGCAGAGUACCUAUGCUCCAUCAUCCUUUGAUCAACGCGCUACGCUUCCGCAACGUACCACGCCCUCUCCCGGGCCCACACGACGACCGCUGCCCGACCCGGGACACACUGCACGGAGCAACUCUGUAUCUGCCCACCCUUCGCCUCAACCUCCGCCGUCGCCGGGGCCACGCGCCCCUAGCCACCGGUCAGCCCUCUCGGUCUCCUCGAUUCCUACGCCCCCUGCACGACCCACCUCCCCUCGGGUACCCCAACCGAAGACGACCACCGCAGUAAGUCCUCCUCGCCCCCUUCCUCAGCCCGCUCUGCCGCGGUCCAUCGGGCAAUCCAAUCUCGCGCGCAGUCCCAGCCCGACGAAGCGCGCGUUCGCCGAGGCGCAGAUUGCCCUUCCUCAGCCAGAUGUCCAGGCUUCUCAAUCGAUCCCUGCACCCGCGCCGAGACGAGGUAUCGUCGAAUCCGUGCCUCCACACGCCAUUCCGCCUGGUCAGAAGUUCGUACCACACUGGAAGCGUGCGCUGCCUACCCCAGGCCAGCAGGGGCAGGUCGAGAGGCGAAGCACCGUGUCCGGUCCCGGCCCGACCCCUCCACCAACAGUGCGCCCGCUGCCCCAGUCGCCAGGUAAUCAUGCCCGGAGUCAGUCUGGGUAUCCCCUGCCACAAUCGUUUGCGGGCCAGACGAACUCGCCGCCUCGGAAGCUACCCCAGCCGAACGGACGGCCGCUAGUGCGCUCGCCGAGUCCAACACCCGCUGGACGGCAAGGCUCUCCAGAAAGCUCCGACGAUGAUGACAUCGCUGGGAGCGCACUGCUUUCGCGUCCACAGGACUGGCCGGGUCACUCGAGUCCGCAGUACGGCACUCGGGACCUACCCGGCCAGAUUCGAUCGAGCACAAGCAGGGACUCGGCCGCAUCGCAACGGAGCGCAACCUCGCGGCUGGCAGAACUGUCUCUGUAUGACUCGAGAGACGACAGCGACGCGGGUUCCCGCUCACCCUCGCGCCACGGGCAUUCUCAGUCCGUACCGAUCGUCCCGACCCAGCAGGCUGCACCACCUAUCGCGAGACGCUGGCCUGCAGGCUUGCCACCCCUGCCGCGUGCACCAGCUGCACUAGAGAGCCUCGACGAUGCGCCGCCACCGUCUUUGAGACGUUCCCCGUCACCCUCGCGGCCACCCACAAGCCCCCUACGUGGCGCGAGACGGCCAUCAAUUCGCACCAACGAACUGACACGGCCCCGGCCGGCACCCUCUCCUUCUGCCCCACGCACGCCGUACGAAUCGCCUGCUUCUGCGACACCUCCGCUGUCAGGUAUGUCAGACAGCUCCGUCUUCACGCUCUCGUCCUUCCCGCGCCCACCGUCGUUCGCGCCGCCACAUCCGCCCAUCGUCUCGCCUACACCCGCGGCCGCCUCAUCGUCUCCUGCACGGCCGCGCUCGGCGGACUCCUCCCGUUCAGUCUUCACGCUUUCGGCGUUUCCGCAGCCGCCCCCGGUCGUGGUCCAGCCCCCGCCACGUAAGGACUCACUCAGCCGCACGCAGAACAACAGGACGCCCGUGCCGGCUGUGAACGGGACCUUCGGGCGGGACACAAGUAGGACGGGAGCACGACAGCCGAUCCCGAAGGUGUCUUUCCCUGCGAAUGCGGACUCAGAUUCGGGCUCGGACAGCGAGGGCGCGGCCCCCGGCGUGCCUGCGAUCUCGAUCAGCGUGUCGGGCUCGAGUGACGACGAUGUGGGUGGACCUGUGAUCAACAUCUUGGGCGCGGACGAUGACACUCCCAGUGUUCCGAGCAUCUCGAUCGCGGGUGCGGACGAGGACUCGUCGGUGCCGCAGAUCAGCGUAGGUGGGUCGUCUGGUGGGCACAAGAAGGCGAACACGAGGAGCCCGCUCGAACGAGUUAUCAGAAAGGGCCCCGGGCUGACGUGCGGAGGGUGUGGCGGUGCGAUCGUUGGGAGGACAGUAUAUGCGAUGGGGGCAAAGUGGCACCCGGGGUGCUUCCGGUGCUGCGUGUGCAACGAGCUGUUGGAGAACCUGAGCAGCUACGAACACGAGGGGCGCGCGUACUGCAACCUGGACUACCACGAGCUGUUCGCGCCCAAGUGUUACCAUUGCAAGACGUCGAUCAUCGACGAGCGUUUCAUCACGCUGGACGAUCCCGAGCUUGGCAAGCGCACGUACCACGAGCAGCACUUCUUCUGUGCGGAGUGCGGCGACCCGUUCAUGGACCCCAAAGGGGCUUCGUUCCGAUCGUCCGGAGGCGGGCAAACAUUCUCCGGAGACGGUGAAUUCAGUGGCGGAGAUGGCGAUGUGAGGUUCACCGUGUACGGCGGACAUCCGUACUGCGAGAAUUGCCAUGUGCGCCUGCGCUACCCUAAAUGCAAGAAGUGCAAGAAGCCCAUCCGGGAUGGGAUGAGGGCGGUGGAGGCGCUGGGUGGGAAGUACUGCUGGGAGUGCUUCACGUGUGCGGGCUGUGACCAGCCAUUUGAGAACCCAUCUUUCUUCCAAAGGGACGGCAAGCCGUUCUGUGAACGCUGUUUCAGUAUAAUAAUCAAGAACGAGAUGUGA